CGGGCAUCCGAGGCGGUUCCGACAGGCCCCCAAGAGCGCCCCAGUGCCAUCCGUAGCCAUUUUGGCUCAAGCAAUUGCUGCUCAAGAUCAAGGCACAUUGGUUUGACGCAGGGCGGGCAGGCUAACGUCCCCUACUGGGCAAAGUGCCGGUAUUAUCGCAGUGAUGCGCGUCAUUGAUUUAUCCCAGGUUGUCGUUGAAGCGGAGCUUCUUUGCAUUGUCGUCUGUUAUGCCCUGGUUACAUGCCGUUAUGCUCGAACAAUUUGGAUGAACGGUUGUGGUUUGGCAUUGAACGUUUUGCGAUUGUUCGUUUCGUGUGUUCGCAUUAUCAAAGGGUUCAAGGGCUUCUUUUGGCAGGGUAGUGGCGCGGAAUGCCAAGUUGAAGUGCACAAGCGAGCCGUCAGGGUUGAGAUUGCGCGUGCAUUUUGUGGUAUCGCUUCUGUGGUGAUUCUCGUGUACCUCCCGAUGUCGCAUUUCAUCGCAGACGACCGCCAGCAUAUUGUGCCAAGGCGGGUGCAUGAAGCUUGGUGCGGAGUCAUAUUCGCAAUAGUUGCUGUGUCCCCACGACUGUCGACGUCACGGCUACUUCACGUCUCGUACGCUCUCAUUGCGUUUUCAAAUGUGGUAACAUUGUCACCAUUGUUGCAAACCGCGUCUAGCGUUGCUACCCUUCAAGGGCACAUCAUAUUUGAUUGUGCGGCCUUGAGCUUAUUGGACUUGUACCUUCCAGCGAACUUGAUAUUUGCAACUGUUUCCUAUUUGACCGCCGCACUGACUUUUCUUGUUGGGAAUUCCAGUGGCAGUACUGCCAUCGACCCGUAUACACUGGAAGAUUGUCUGUACGGUUGGUUCAGUGUUACUAUGUGGCUUUUGGUUGUAAACGCUGCUCUUUCCAAGGCGGUUGUUGUCCGUCUAGAGGGCGAUUCAUUUAGGAACGAGCUGCGCGCCGCAAAGUCGAUCUUGGCAGGCACAUGUGACGCUGUGGUGGAACUUGAUGCAGAGUUGAGGCUAGCACAGCCCUCUCCGAAGCUCGCGGCCCUGCUCAUGUUAAGCCCUCAGCGAGUCGCGGGUGAAGCGAGCAUGUCGUCUUUCCUUGCCACGGAGGCCGACCGCGAGAAGUUCUCCCAAGAGGUAACCUCCAGUACGACACAUGAUGAGUUUUGCAAGGCCUUUCACGUGAGCAUGAAGGAUAACCGUGGCAUCUCGGUGCCAGUGGAGGCGUUCUGCGUGCGUUUCAACGGCAUCGGUGAUAAGGAAUGGUUUCUACUUGGCUUCCGGGAGUUUGUAGACACGGUUUCGCCAAGGAGGGACCAGUUUGUUUCGCCUGGAUUGCCAAGUGCUGCGCUGACGAUCGAUGUCCAAAGCAGGCUGCAAUCGCAAGAGGACCAGAGCACAGAACGCAGCAAUUCCGAAGACGGAUCGGGUCUGACGUCAGCUGUACCUGAGCUUGCCAUUUGGUUUGAUGUUGUGACGCCAGCGUUCACAAUGCUGUGCUGCACGAGUGCCUUGAAGAUGCUUGCUGGUAGUUCUUGGGCACAAAUAUGCAAGGUUGAGCAGAGUCUUCUGCGAUGCAUCCAGCCAGCAAUGCGAGAAGACUUUGAGUAUUGGGUUCGUUUCUGCGUCGACAAGUCCGAUAACAGUGCCAGUCAGGGAGAAGCUGCGCCGCUGGAAGUGGCAUCAGUUCGCUUCCGUUUCAGUGAGCAUCAUCAUCGUUUCCACCUCGCCAUCGAGAGCAGCGUGACGCUAGUCCUGGCCCCACAAGAUCGCGAGGAUUGGCCCGCCGGCCUGGGCGAGACGUCGCGCGUGGUGAAGAUCGUUCUCGAGAGGCCCAAGUGGAUCCAGGGGGUGCACUGGACCUCCACGAACGUCCAUACGCCCCUGCCGAAUGACAUCUCCGUGCUGGCAGGCGCCCCGGAGUCGGACGGCUCCCUGGCGCCGCUUGGCCGGUCGGCGCGCUCGCUCGUCGGCCGCCGUGGGCGGAGCGCCCGCAGCAGGCGAUCGGAGGGGAGCGCCGACAGCAGGCGCUCCGGGGACAGCGGCGAGCAGCGCUUCGGCCCUGGGGGCCAUGGAGCCACUGGCCAGGGCGGCCCCGGUCGCAGCGCCGGCGGCUGCGCGGGAAGCGGGCACGGUGGCCAGGCGGGCGCCCGCAACAUCCUGGCCCUGUGAUCCGCAGUGCCGGCGCCCCCACGGAGCCCGGCUUCCGGCAGGGCGCGCGGGGAGAGGAGUGCGCAGUCGGCACCCUUUGCGGGGGAAACGAGCGCCAGUGCCAGAUCUUCAGCCGCUUGGGUUCAAGGGCCAUUCCGUCUCGAGACUUCUCCAGGAGGGAAGGUUGGCGCGCUGGCUCACGAGUCAUCCGUCCGCGCGUUCACUCGUGCAUGCAGCGGCCCGGGCAUCGUGACUCCUGCGCGCCCUGAUCUACGUGCGCAUUGCUUCACAGACAACGCGCGCAGCGCCACUCGGGGCAGAUAACCUGGUCGCUGGAGUUGUGAUUCGCCCUGGCCCCCACAAGACUGGCUCGAAGUCCGCUCAGUCUGGAUUGCAAGGUUGGCAGUCUUUGCUCCACGUCGACGUCGCUACGAUGCCAAGCCCUUCGCUGUGCCAGGGAAGCCUGGCGACACCGAGGACCUGCACUGGGGAGCACCCGGGCGCUGCCUCCCGCGGCGCUCCCGGGGCGCUCCGCGCCCCGGUGUUGGGGGGUGUUGAGGCCGCCCCGGUCUACUCGACAAGCAGUGCCGAAGCGUCCUGGUUUAUGAUGCUCCAGCCUGCCUUAGCCUUGACCACCAGAGAGAACUUCGAGCGCCCAAAAAAGUAC